AAAAAGUGCAUAAAAAAUAGUUUGUAAGAAAAAUUAUCAUGAUGGUAGAAAAAGCUGAAGGUUUUUUAUUUAGGAAGCCCGUGUACCAGUAUUUUCAAUACCUGGAAACUUAUGAUGGUUCCGGAAAUAAUGGUGUAAACGAUCCGCCAUACCGGGGACAGAGUCCUCAUCAGUCACCGUCACGAUAUUCGUAUAAUAACAAUAACAAUAAUCAUAGUAGUAGUCACAACGGCAACAACAACAAUUGCAGCAAUCAAUCGGCAAAGACAGGAUUAAAUUGGCGCACAAAUAGUUUUGGUGCCAGCGACUUUAAACGUGGUAGUCCGGCACGGAGUUCGCACGGAAAUAAAAUUAUGGGUGAUUUGAAUGUUCCGCGUGGGCAUUCGCCGAACUUUAGUCCAUCGAGGACGGCUACUGCCCCCUCGGACAUGCAAACACUGCAUGUGCAUCUACCGAAUCAUGGAUUCCGCAUGAUAAAGUUCGAUGAAGCCUCGGAUGUCCGGCAAAUCAUAAAUCUAAUCGUUAAUUCCAUGUCUCCCGGUCACACAACGAACCCGCAAAGUUAUGCAUUGCGAUUGCGACACAUGUUAACCAAAGAGGUAUUAUGGAUGCCCCCUGAUACGUCAAUGACGCAAGUGAUGGCGCACAUCUUCAAUCCAUCUUGCUCGAAUUCGGAUUGUCCGAACAUCGAUAAAAGUACGUUGGCGAAAAAGAUGCAGCAAAAGGUGUCGGGAAACGUGGGACAUGCAAAUAGUGUGUGGAAAGCAGAACUACGAGUUCGAUAUAUCCCGAAAAGUAUCAAAGAGUUGUACGAAAAUGAUCGUACCACGUGUCACUUUUACUUCGAUCAGGUGAAACAGGACUAUAUCCAGUCGAAUAUUCCGAAUAUUGAUCAGGAUAUUGCGGUGCAAUUGUGCUGCCUGGGCAUCCGUCACUACUACAAAGACGCGAAUCAGGCGUCGAAGGAGCAGAAACAGCAUCUCGAGUACAUCGAGAAGGAGAUAGGUUUUAGUAAUUUCAUACCAAAGUCUGUGAUAGAUGCUAUCAAACAGAAAAAUUUGAAGAAACUCAUUCAGGCUGGCUAUAAAAAGGUCUAUAGCUACUCUGAGAUGGAAUAUAUGCUCAAAUUUUUCGACCUACUUGGCACGCAAUACACCUUCGAUCAGGAACAAUUUAUCGUAACGCUUGGCACGGGCUGGAACAUUCCCGUGGAUCUCAUCAUAGGUCCGCACAUUGGCAUCUCGUAUCUGACACACCCGCAAGCAACGCCCACAAAAGUCACCGAUUUUCUCGAAAUUGAGCGCAUCACCACCAGCGUGCUGCCCACAAGCUUAACCAAAUCCGAACAAAGUAACAGUUCUAAGUCAAACAAGUCCAAGGAAUCCGCACCGAGUACCGCUAGUCCCGACAAAUCGUCAAGUAAGGAUCCAAAGAAGGCAGCUGCUGCUGCUGCCUCCACAGCGACUUGCAACUGCGGCGAGAUCAAAACCCAGUUGCGAAUUCGUGUCGCGAACAACAGCGAAGAUCUGGCAAUCACGUGCAACGGCAUCAAAACGGCCGAAAGUAUUGCGGAUCUCGUGGAUGGCUAUUGUCGCUUGUUCAAGGACACGGACGAGAGUUUGUGGGACCGAACAGCGCCCCAAGCGAAAAAUACGCCAUGCAGCAGUGCGACAAAUUCCCUCGAGAAGCGAAAUAAUCGCAUGACCGAGUCACAAACGAGUGCAAGUGGCGACGAAGCAGUGCAACUACGAAACGGCUCACGAUUUGAACCGGAUCAACCGCCCCCAAUGCUGAGUGAAGACUAUGCUGACUUGGCUCUCGCUGACGAAGAAGGGGAUUAUUCGACGCCAGCAACGCGAAAUUACGAAUUAGACCGAAAUCAGUUGACCCUACAGGACAUCAUUGGAGUUGGGCAGUUUGGCGAUGUUCAUAUUGGCACGUGUCGCAUCAAAAAUAAAUUAACGCCCUUGAAACCGAACAAGAAACCCGCGAAUGCGAAUGACAUUGAUGCUUUGUCGUACGAAAAUCAGGAUGAAAAUAAGACAGUCAUUCAUGUUGCGGUGAAAACGUGCAAAGCUGAUGCGGAUUUGGCGACGUCGGAAAAGUUUUUGGAAGAAGCUUACACAAUGCAAAAAUUCGAACAUCCCCACAUCAUUCGUCUCAUUGGAAUUUGCAGCGGAUCUCCGAUUUGGAUUGUCAUGGAAUUAGCUCGGCUUGGAGAGCUUCGAGCUUAUUUGAAGAAAAACGGUCCAAAACUCAAGUUGGGAACUUUGUUGCUCUAUUCGUAUCAACUAUCAACGGCACUGAGUUAUUUGGAGUCCAAAAAAUUUGUUCAUCGAGAUAUCGCUGCCAGAAACGUACUAGUCAGUUCACCAACAUGUAUUAAGCUCGCCGACUUUGGUUUAUCAAGGUGGAUCGAGGAUCAAUCUUACUACACAUCGAGCAAGGGGAUGCUUCCGAUCAAGUGGAUGGCACCUGAAUCGAUCAAUUUCCGUCGCUUUACCACCGCAAGUGAUGUUUGGAUGUUCGGUGUUUGUACGUGGGAAAUAUUAAUGUUAGGUGUCAAGCCAUUCCAAGGUAUUAAGAAUAGUGAUGUCAUAGGUAAAUUAGAGAACGGCGAACGACUACCGUUGCCGAAUAAUUGUCCGCCACGCUUGUACUCGCUCAUGUCGCAAUGUUGGACAUAUGAACCGCAUAAAAGACCCGACUUUAAGACAAUUAAGGAAGUGUUAUAUGAAAUCUUGACGGAUGAAAGACAUUGUGAUACGGAGACUAUGCGACGUGAAAAUCGACGAGUUGCUGCAAUGUCUUGGGGUGCCGGAGAUGAUAAUGCGCCUCCAAAGCCUGCUAGACCUAAUUUAGAUGGAACUCUCAUGCCCUUGAACGAAGGUGACGUCGGAAAGCCUCCCACAUCUCCGCAGACCUACAUCAUUGCUCAAAAUCCCGCUGUCCUGGCUCACUUGAUGCGCGAAAACGAGAAACGUGGCAUAAAUGCAGCAAUGUACACCGCUCCCGUCACGAAUUCCAUGCAAGACACUCAAUCGCUGAUCGAAGCCAAAAUACGUAAGCAACAAGAAGAGAGCAAAAUGGACUCGCAGUGGUUGCAACAAGAAGAAAUGAACUUCAACAAACGUCUCAGUCUAGUCACGAACAACAGCAAUAUGGAUAACGAUGUUUCGGGUCCUUUGUCGGGAAGUUACCACGGCGCCCAAAGCUCGGGCCCGGGAAGCUUAACGGAUCACUUUGCGAUGAUGGGUAUCGGCGGAAAUGAUUUGAGGCCUAUGACGCCAGGAUCUAACUCGGGCACGUUGUCAAAGUCGAUUACGAGAUCUAUGGAACGGAGUACCACACCGUCGACGUCUGAUGGACAGAAAAAACCUGAAGUUACCAAGACAAUGCCUCUUGAUCGCUCAAACGACAACGUGUAUGCAUGCACGACAGCUGUUGUAAAAUCGAUCAUGGCACUAAGUCAAGGUGUGGAAAAGGCAAAAGCUCUUGAGUAUUUGGAGCUGGUCAGAAACGUUGGAAUGGAAUUACGCAACUUACUUGGAUCUGUUGAUCAGAUUUCGAAUUGUUUCCCUGCGCAAGUUCACAAGGAAGUGGAGAUGGCUCACAAAGUUUUAUCGAAAGAUAUGUUUGAAUUGGUUUCCGCUAUGCGUUUGGCACAACAAUAUUGUGACACUACCUUGGAUGCUGACUAUAGAAAGAGCAUGCUAGCUUGUGCCCACGUCUUAGCGAUGGAUGCAAAAAAUCUCCUCGACGUCGUGGACUCGAUUCGCGUUCGUUAUCCGGAUCUUGUGCUGCCAGCGCAUCUCCAGCCGCAACAACCUCCCUCACCUACCGUACAGCAUUUCCAGCAAAAUUUGCAACCAUCUGGCGCCAGCAACGCAAUUCCGUCCACAGUUGCGCCCCAAGUCACCCAUUUGCACACGGUGACGCAGUCAAUGACGUACCAAACUCAGGUGUUGCCCGACAGCGAAAAUCAGUAUCAAAAUUCGCCGAACGACUGCUACCAGAAUGCAACAAUUGCGCGACAGCAGCAACAACAAUUGCAACACUCGUCGCCGCCAGCAUCUCUCACACAUUCCUACGUUGCUCCCGCGCCAAAUAACGAGGCAGCAGCAGCAGCCCCGCAGCAAAUUUACUCCAACCAGCAAGGCAUUUACGACAAUGAAACAGCCACGAAUAGCGCUCCGGCGCCCAAUAAGAAACCAGAAACGGCAUCAAAUGCUGCAGCUCCUGCCCCGCCCGUCAAAGUCAAACCCCCGCCUCCGGUUCGUGCGCCAACAACGGGCCUCGUCUCGAAGAUGCGCGCAAACUUCCAAGCAAAUGCCGCCGACACGAAUAACAAGGGUUUCAAGUCGAACAACAAUCAAGACAUGGCACUAAAUGAACCACUGAAGAUUGUCGAGGAUCCGAAUGAAAUGUACUCGAAUACUGCCGGAAUUCAACUGCCUGAGCCAGUCUCUUGUCAAAUUGUCCAAGAAAAUCUCACGCCGCAGCAGAAAGUUGCCGGCACGAAUUUGGGUAACUAAAACAUGAAUGAAUUAAGAAAAUCGAAAUAAAACUUAUGCAAAAUGGCAAUGAUAAGAGCUUACUACUUGACCUGCUUUUCUACAACAUACAUA